AUGGGGCUUACCACUGACAGAGCGCUUUACCAGAAAACAUAUGCGCCAGGCUCUGCGGAGAGGAAUGAAUUGGGAAAUGCGAUCAAGAGCUUAAGAGCGAAGCUGCCCGAGCAAAUCCCCAUCAAGAGCCAAGGGAAAAUCAUCAACGACAAAUACUCCGAGCAUCAAAUCAACCCCUCCCGCCUCCAAGAAACCGUCGCCCACUUCGCCAGCGCCACGCCGCAGAAUGUCGAAGCCUGUAUUGAAGCCGCUCUCGCCACGCGCCAAACAUGGGGCACGCUACCCUUCCGAGACCGCGCAGAGGUGUUCUUAAAAGCAGCAGAUCUCAUCGCCGGCCGCUACCGAUCGGACAUCGUGGCGGCGACGAUGCUAGGUCAGGGCAAGAAUGCCUGGCAAGCGGAGAUCGAUGCCGCGGCCGAGAUUUGCGAUUUCUUCCGCGCGUACGUCUACGAGGGUGCGAGAGUUCAGAUGGAGCAGCCGAAUGUGGCGCACACGAAUGGAGUCGAGAACUGGAUUGAGCAGCGGCCGUUGGACGGGUUCGUGUACGCCGUCACGCCGUUCAAUUUCACCGCGCUCGGGGCCACACUCGUGGGCGCGCCGGCGAUUAUGGGGAAUCCCGUGAUCUGGAAGCCUUCCCCCUUCGCCGUCCACGCUUCCUGGCUGCUGCAUCAGAUUCUCAUCGAGGCUGGAUUGCCGCAGGAUGUCGUUCAAUUCUUGCCGGGCGAUGCAGAGAUGAUUUCGGACAUUGUGCUCAAUCGCCCGGAGUUCUCGGGUUUGUCGUAUAUUGGAUCCACGGCUGUGCUGAAGCACUUGAUGGGCACGAUUGGCAAGGCUACCGCCGAAGGCAAAUAUCAGAACUUCCCUCGAGUCGUGGGUGAAGCUGGAGGGAAGAAUUACCACCUCAUCCACGCAUCGGCGAACGUCGAUCAUGCGGUCAAGAGCACGGUGCGUGCUGCGUUCGAAUUGUCCGGCCAGAAAUGCUCGGCUUGUUCGCGAGCAUACGUCGCCGAGUCGAUCUGGCCGCAGUUCAAGGAGGCUUUGGUCAAAGAGACGUCUGCCUUGAAAGUCGGCGAUCCGGAAGACUAUGUGAACUUUGUCAAUCCCGUCAUCCACGAGCGAGCGUUCGACUCUUUGCAGACAGUAAUCACGAACGCCAAGAACGAUGCAGCAUUGGAGCUCAUCACUGGAGGCAAAGCAGACAAAUCCAAGGGCUACUACGUCGACCCAACCGUCUACACAGCCACGGAUCCUCGACACGACAUCAUGAGCCGCGAGCUCUUCGGCCCCAUCCUCGCCGUGCACGUAUAUCCUGACAGCGAAUUCUCCAAAAUGCCAGAGCUCAUCGACACCACCUCAUCGUACGGUCUAACCGGUGCCGUCUUCGCGGAAGACCAGGAAGCCAUUCGCUUUGCGAAAGAUGCGCUGAGUCAAAGUGCCGGCAACUUCUACAUCAACAGCAAAUGCACCGGCGCAGUAGUUGCGCAACAACCCUUCGGAGGCGCGAGGGCGAGCGGAACGAAUGACAAAACGGGGACGAUGAGUUUGCUGCUGCGGUGGACGAGUCCGAGGACGGUGAUGGAGGGCUCCACGCCGUUGGAGAACGUAUUGUACCCUUCCAACGAGGUGUGA